AUGAGGAGCAGCCAGUCAAUCAGCUCCCACUCCUUCCUCAUCCUCUCCCUCGUUUUCCUAACCUGGCCCAGCCUUGCACAGGACCACGAUGCCACCACGGCAACAGAGAGCCCGACCUCUGACCUUAACACAUUGACAGACAAUCAGACGGCCUCAUUCUCUGACGAGGAGAUCACGACACAGGCUUCCCUGGAAACGGGUCUGUCAACGCCUAGCAGUGGUGAUACAGAUGACGAGGAUGUAGUUCCGAUCACUGGAACUCGUUGUCAGGGUUACUAUGAUGUCAUGGGCCAAUGGGACCCUCCGUUCAACUGUAACGCUGGCGUGUUCUUGCAUUGCUGUGGAACCUGCUUCUACCGGUUCUGCUGCCAGUUCCGCCAGCAACGCCUGGACCAGACCAUCUGCUCCAACUAUGACACGCCCAUUUGGGCCAACACCGGCAAGCCUGUGGCAACUGUUCCUGAGGGCCAGGGCGACCAAGAACGGGACAGCACCCACAUGAUUGUGUACAUCAUCUGUGGGGUGGUGGCCAUCAUGGUGCUGGUGGGGAUCUUCACCAAGCUGGGCCUAGAGAAGAGCAGAGGGGGAGGAGGAGGAGCAGGCCAGAACGACCUCAGCAACUCCAGAACCCUGACAGAGCUUCUGAAGCAGCCUGGGGGGGAGGUGAGUUCCGUGGACAGCACCGUCUCCAGCCCCCCCAUAGGAGUAGGGGCCAACGGGAUCUCUGCCAGGAUGCUACGCAGCCGCAGUGAACACUACCAGCUGAACAAUGCAGGUUUGUCUCAGUUUGGCCCAGGUCUGCCUCACCCCCACAGCAAUCUCAGUGGUUUGGCACUCAACAAGUACACCUCCCUCAAGGCUGUGGCGGACACAGCCUCCAGAGGUUACUAUAAAAGCUAUCCGCUGAUGGACUUCUCUCAAUACCAGCCUGCAGCAGCCCCGGCCUUCCAUCAUGCAUCCCUGCACCAGAAAGAAAAGUCCUACCUCCACCAGGUUGACCAGGGCCACCAGGGCCACCAGCGGCACGCAUCCCUGGGCCCCCAUAACCUCCAUGCCCCUCUUUCCAUCUCCAUCCCCCCCAACCACUUGGAGCGCUCUCAUCUCACCAAGACCACCACCCACCCCCUGUUGUCCAGUUCGGCCUUCAAAUCCUGGGAUUCGAGUGGGCGAUAUGUCCACAGGCAGUCCUCCCAUCCUGUGCACUCGUCCACGGGACGCCGGCACCCUACCUACUCGGUCCGGAGGCAGCAGAGCAUAGAGGCACUGCAAGAGCUGUACAACCAGCCCCAGGCCUUCAGAGGGCACCCUGAACCUCUGCCCCCUGACCAACCCUCCUCCUACUACCACCACACCAGACACAAGUCAUACACCAACAGCAAGACUGAGGUGACUGUCUGA